AUGACGACUCAAACAGAUUCAUCGAUUACUAUCGAUGAGACUAGUACAACGACAACCAAUACGACAACAGGUAUAACAGCGAGCAAUAAUUUUCUUGGUUUACUACCACCACCCUACUCCAUGUCUGUUCUAAAUUCCACACCAUUAUUACAAACAUCAUAUUCGAAUUCAAAUAUGCCAUCACUUUUAUCAUCGUCGAUGAUUAACACUAAUACAAAUAGUUCUAUAAAUAAUACAUAUGGUACAAGUCGUUCUAGUUCUGGUUAUGGAACAACGUCAUCAUAUACUAUUCCUACUCAAACUAAUUUCUAUCGUUCAACUCCACCACCAACAACGCCUCCAUCAUUUAAUUUUCUCUAUCAAACACGUGAAAAAGAAAAAUUUGAAUUGGGUACAUUGAAUGAUAAAUUUGCUGAUUAUGUUGAAAAAGUACGGUAUUUAGAAGCACAAAAUAAAAAAAUUCAUCUAGAAUCAUCAAUACUAUCGGAGAAACAACAAUCGACUUGUCAACGAAUUAAACAAAUGUUUGAAACUGAAUUGAAAGAGUUGAAACAAGUAAUUGAAAAGAUGUCAUCAGAUAAACAAAAUGUUCAGAAUGUUGCUAAAGAUAUUCAACAGACAAUACCACAAUUGAAACAAAAAUUAUCACAAGUAUUCAAAGAAACAGGUUCAUCUAAAUAUGAUAUUGAAAAACUUGAAAAACAUUUAUCGGGAACUGAAGGUGAUGUGAACAUGUACAAAAGACGUUUGAAUCAUCAAGAUGAUGAACAUUCAAAAUGGGCCCAAUUAAUACAACAUAUACAAAGACUAGUGUUACAAGCUAAAAAUGAAAUUCAGAAUGAGAGUAUCACAAAGACAAAAUGUGAUCAACAAAAACAACAACUCAAAACUGAUAUGAAAUUAUUGUACGACAAUCAACAGCAACGAAUAAAUGAUCUGAAAUUAACUACACUAGGAAAUUCAUCGUCAUCCAAUACCUUCUCCAAUAGCGGUAGUGACCGAGCACAAUUUUUUAAAUCUGAAUUAUCGAAUGCCAUUCGAAAAAUUCGUCAGGAAUAUGAACGACAAAAUGACCUUCAACGACAGGAUCUUCACCAACAAUUUUUGUUACAGUAUACCGAUAUAUCAAAACAAUAUCCAGAAAUACAUUCAAUAUUUCAAAGUGAACGAGAACAAGAACUUGUUCGUCAAGAUGAAGAUAAAGUACGUGGGGAUAUUCAACGUGUUCGACAAGAUAUUACAAAUAUGAAACAAAAAAAUUUUGAAUUAAAAAUUCGUCUACGUGAAGUACAAAUAACAAUUGAUAUGAUACAAGAUGAACGAAAACGUUUGGAUAGUAGACAAAAUGAUGAACUGAACGAAUUGAGACAAAAACAAGAUCGAAUAGGUCAAGAAUUUGAUGAUGUUUCAUUAAAACAAACAUCUUUAGAAAAAGAAAUAAACACUUAUCGAAAUCUGCUGGAAGGUACAUUGAAGACGGUUGUUGAUCACAUAACAGAUGAUUACCAACAACAACAACAACAACAAAGCAGCAGCAGUAUUCAAAAUGGAUUGGCAAAACAGCGGGAACAACGAUCAACGAGUUUGGAUAGAAAUGGGAUAGCAAAUUCAUAUUAUCGUGGACAAUGGUCAUUAAAUAAGCCCUAUGGAACUAAUAAUAAAUAUGAAAAUAUAACAACAUCUUCGUCUCCUCCUCCAACAGCAACAAUAAUCACUGAUAAUACUUCAGGGAUAGCGAAUGGUCUAACUCCGAGUAAAAGUGGGGGUGAUUUGUCAUUAAGAAAUAUACCAGUUAAUGAUCAAUCAUCUUCAAGCAUAGAUAAUAAUAAAUCAUCACCGAAUCGUGUAUCAACAACCACAACGACAACAACAUCUUCGAUGGUUAAUACUCUUCAAAAUUAA